UUCAAUGUCAUUGUGCAUCUUGCAGCCCCCUGCAAAAUGGCAUCUUAAAGACCGUUUUACCAAAUGUUACUGUGAUAAAUCUUAAAUGUGAGCCAGCUAAAAAUGUCCCACAGGUCCCUGUUUUGAUAGCAUCAUCAGAGGAAAAGUUCGGUAUGAAACUUUCAGCAUUUAAAUUUUGACGUGGUACUGUUUUCAAAGAUCUCCUUGACAAGUUGAUGUUAUUAAAUUUUUGCAAUUCUUAAGCAAAUGUUUGGAUUGUGAGAGACACAAAACAUCCCUCAUGAUACUCAAAAAAGGAAGCUACACAAAGUUGGAAACUACGGUUGGACCAAACCCUGUAGAGGCAAUGAUUUAUGCUAAAUAAUUUACUUACUUCUAUUUGCUUCACUUUAGAGACGGUUAUCAUAAUCAUAGAUUUGAGUUUUGAUACUUGCUUUGUUGACGUUACCGCAAAAUCUUUUAUUUCACAGCUUGAGUGCUAAAGUUUUGAUGGCACACAAUGUUUCACAAGUCUCAAUGCGCCAAAAUUUGAACUCCCAUGUCUUAAACUGCGUUUACACGGUGCUGGAUAACUUCUGAUUCGGUUAAAAAGUCAUCUUAUAUAUUUGCAUCACCAUAUUCACGUUUUACAGAAUUGUAGUCAGAGUGAAGUAACCAUUGUUCAUUUUUAUAUAAUGCUUCAAAACAAUUUAAAGCUUUAAAACUCAAAAUCAAAUUUUGAUUUUUCACUUUAACGUUUUAGACAUUUUAAACAACAUUGAUGAAUCUCAAUAGGGCAUAGCUAUUUUCCAUUGCCAGUGAUCACGAAUUUAAAAGAUUAAGUUGGACGUCAAACUUCAGAAACAGCUCUAAACCAGCCACCAUAGUCAGCUGUUCCAUUCAUCGCGCGUUUGGCAUAAUUUUAAAAAUUGAAAUCAAUCAUAUAACUGUCUGAAUCAAUCAGCCAAUAAGCUGUUAUCAGGUGACCAAGAAAAACAAAAAUUCUGCAAACGGUGCCCUAUUGCACAAUUAAGUUCAUGACGAGUGAACCCCCGUACAUUUAUAUUACAAAUGCUUGAAUGCAUUACACAAGGAUGCCCCAUCAAACAACGGCAGGGAGAACAAGGAGCGAGACAGCUAAAUUUCGUGGGAACAUCAGCUUGAUCUUCUCUUAGAAGCCUUUCAACUAUCAGUGCAUGCUAUAACGUUGUCAACCUUACUUGCUUUUCAAGUGACAAUUUAUGUCAUGGAGAUCAUUGCAAGGAGUUCAAACAUGAAGACAAUGCUGAUUGGUAGCUUUAUCCUUUGGCUUUCUUGUUCUUCGGCUGACAUUUGUGUUAAUAGAAUCUCAAAAUGCGUUUAUAGAUAUGAACUGAGGUUCGAUUUCGAGCGCGACUUUCGUAAAAACUGCUCAGAUGUUUACGGCAGCUGCGUCUGCUUGAAUCACUUUGAUAUUGUUUUCUUCGAAAUGCCACCAUAUGUAAUUGCUGAUAACAGAACAGGAAGAUCGAUAGGUCUGUUACCAGGCCUUCUUGAAGAAGCAAUUGACCUUUGCUGCUAUGGAUGCCGAAGAAUCAGAUACAGAAAGCCAAUAGCCAGCCUUGGAGCAAUGUUUUCAGGUGAAAUGGAGAAUGCAUCAUACACCGCCAUUUUUCCGAUCCUGGCAACCAAGUCAAUUAAGACGUACUUCACAGGCCCGUUCAUCAGUAUGAUGUCAACGCCCGGCGUAUCCUAUGUCAAGAUAAACCUGAUAACGGCGAAAGCUACGAGCAUUUGCUGGACGCCAUUUCUAGAACAUGGCCUCUUCUAGUUCUUUCCAUAAUGCUUUCCCUUAAUGCUGGCUUUAUAAUAUGGCUUUGUGACACUCGCUUUAAUCCAAGCGAUUUCCCAAGACCUUUUCCUCAAGGUGCAUUAGAAGGAGGUUGGUGGGCUUUUGUUUCCAUGACAACUGUCGGGUAUGGUGACAAAUGCCCAAAGUUUGCCCUUGCAAGAAUUUUCGCUAUCAUUUGGAUUGUUUUUGGUAUCGCAAUCUCAGGAAUUUUUACCGCGUCAAUAACAACAGCGUUGACGGUUUCGCUUUCAACUGAAAAAGUUGAUUUAGGAAGAAAGAAGAUUGGCGUUUUGAAUGUAACUCGCUAUGAACACAAUAUUGCAUUAAGGGAAAAGGCAUACCCAAAAGAAUUUAAUAAGCUUGAAGAUAUGAAGAUGGCUUUGAAAUCGGGGAGUGUGGAUGGUCUUCUGAUUGACAACAAUGUUCUUGGAUACAACUGGAAUUUUUUGAAGUCAGGAAUGGAUUUAGAAGUGAAGACGAACAUUGCCAAUAGCGACACAACUUAUGGCAUCAUGUUUCAGACAAUGAACCUGAACAACGAUACAAAGAAAAUGGAGGAGAAUCAAGUAUGGGCAACCUUUCUGUCCGCCUUCUUUGAUUACAACAAAGAUAAUGAAAACAUAAUGCUCGCAUUGGCAGCAAAGUCGCUACCAAGAGAGAUAUCUCGAGAGCCAUUCAUAGUUGAAAAGAAAACUACUGGUUUGCCAGAAAGUGUCUACACACUACUUUUUCAACAAAUUGGAUACUCAUCCGUUGCUUUUCUCCUUAUUGGAAUAAUCUAUGAAGUUGUUAGAAGAGUCUGCAAUAAAAAGAAGAUCGACUUAUGUGGUGGAACAGCUCAAGUAUCGGGAACAAAUAACACUAAAGGCUCUAAUCUGAACGGAGCUUUCAAUGGUGAUGUGGAAAUGGAUGCGUUCAGUGCAACUGCCGAUUCAUUAGUUCAUGAACUCGAAGACGUGCUAACCAAGGUCAAAGCCCUCAAGCUGAAAGCUGGGAAACUGGACACAAGAAUGUGACUAAGGGAAACUGGACACUAGGAUGCGACAUUGUUUGCAAUUUAAAAUCAAUUUUUUUGCCGUUCUAAUAAAGAUUUUUUGUUCUCAUGCCAUUAAUUGUGAUAUCUUCAAUGCAAUAAAUUCUUUCCCAAUAGAAACAGAGGCUCAAGCUUACUUUGACUGGUCUAACUGAAAGCUUCUUUGUCAUUUAUUUUUGUAAUAUUUAAUAUACAGCAGUACGCUAUACCAGGCUUUUGCGUGACGACAACAAACGCAAUACUUUCAAGGGUAUUUUGACACAUUUCUUUAAGAAACCUUUUAAAAAAUCAAAUCGACAUCGACCUGAGAACCAUUAGCCCAACAAAGCACGAAAAAGUGCUUUGGUUUCUAGGCUAUCCAAAAUUUCCACUUUUGUUUGCUAAAUUCAAGAAAGAAUUGCUUUAAACAGUGUGAAACAUAUCAAGUACAUGUCAAAAGAAUAUUGUAAAAUACUUAUGUUUAGUAGAAGAUUUAUUUUCAUUGUAAACAAAUCGUGCAUCAUCCGCUUGAUUAUCGACAUUUCAACGAAAUGAUAUUUGACCAAGCUGUGUUGUGACAAGAAGUCACUACGACUUUCACUAAAGAUUUGUUCCACUUAUUUCAAACGUUUUGGGACAAGCCCGUCUCAUCAUCAGCUAGAUGAAAAAUCAAAACGAGUAAUUUCAACAGUUCAUUUGUAAAAUAAUCUGGAAAUGAUGCAUGAUUAAAUAUCAAUUGGAUAAUUUCCUAAUAAAAGAAGGCCAUAUAAAUUUAUUGCGUAGACAAGAAAGAUAAUUCUACUUACGAUACUUGCAAAACAUCUAUUGUACUUUACCGUUCAUCUUGUCAGUACAUUGAUAAUGUGAGAUUUGUGUUUCAGAUGGAAUAUUUAUGGCAAUGAUAAGUGUUAAUAGUUUCCAGAUGCAUGAAUAUAAUAAAGCCAAUUAUAAUUGCCAAUAUCAAGGGCUAACUCAGUUCAGCAAGCAUACACAGACAGCCAAACAAGACAUUUUCAGAGAAGCACUAAAAUAAUUUAAUAGCUGAUAAUCUAGAUAAUUAAAGGGCCUCUCCAGCCAAAUUUUGCACUUGCAUUUUAUUGGCUAAUCUAAAGGAGUUGAACCUGCUAAUCACGAAUUAGUUAUUUUUUUUCGAUAUUUUUUACAGUUUGUAAGAUAUGAGCUCUUGCAUUUCGAUAAUUGAAUUGAAUCAACCGACAAAAAUUUUUCGGUUUGGUGACACUGUGACGCAAUUUUGACGUCACAGUAUAUUUCGUAAGUCUCGCCUCAAACCGAAUUGAACGACGGCGAUUUGCAAAUUGAACACUGCAAGUGAUGGAACUCUCAGUUCUGUUCCACCGGCUUUUAGUUUGAGCAUUUCAGAUAUCAAUUCUGAAGCCUUUAUCUGUUCAUCGUUGCUGGAGAACAACUGAAGUGUCAAGAGCUGGAACAGGAAGCCGUAGCUUUGUGGGCCUACACAGGUGAUCAAAACAAAGUCGUGACACAGCAUAGACACAUUCAGACUUAGAAUGAUUGUAAACAUCUAAAAUUUUUCGAUCCUAAAAAGCUCCUGCUGUAGAUUUAGAUGCAGUUCUCAACGCGUGACCAUGACUCCUUCACGAUUCGGUAGAAGAUAUACGAAAUUCAUGGCGAACAGAGCCGCACACUGUGACGUCAGAAUGUCACCAAACUGAUUCGGCUUUUGUCGUUUUUUUCUCGGAAAGGUGCAGCUUUAUAGCCUUAUAACUUCUAAACUAAUUGGAGUUUUGCAAAAACAAAGACUUUGCCACAAUACACGCACCAGAUGCUAACUUUUUAGUCAAUAAAAAAUUUUUUUUUGGCUGGAGAGGCCCUUUAAAUGAAGAUCCCAAGGUUUCCUUGUUUUGUUCAAAGUUUACAAGCAAUAUGAACAUUUGUGCUUUUUUCUUAACUGAAACCAAAGAUUUCUCCUGGAGGUAAUGAUGCACCAAUCGUUUAUAAACUUUAAAAGUUUGAAACUUUAGACUACUUUUCCACUGAUCAUUGCCUGGGCACGAAUAGAAUUUUUUCAGGUGGCAGGUGGAAGCGGAAGUUCUUUUUAGCCGCUCCAAGCAUGAACUAUUAGGCCUGUAUUAAUAUAAUUUGAAGGAUUUUGAAAUAUUCACGAGAAUAAAAUACAAUUUCAACAAACGCAGCGUUUUUUACGAAUUUGAAAGCCACAGUGAAGGGCCUAUCACACGAGUUGAGCAUUUCAAACAGACAGGAAGAGUUUAAGAAUAAUAUUUCCCAUGCACUUGCUCCUUUGCAAGCGGAAAUAGCAAAUUUACCAAAGAAGGAUUUCAUAGAAGAGGCCUUGGAAAGAGCUACGGGGAAAUUGAAGAGAAAUUUGAAGAACAAUUGGAAAAGGGGCGAACGAAGAUUCAAUCACUAGAAACAGUUAUAGAAAUCCUAGAAAGCAAUUGCGUGCUGCUUGAGAAACUCGAUUCCAGCAUAAUCAAUAUGAUUCCAGAUUGAGGAAACAGAACAGUUCAGCAGACGGACCUGUCUUGGAUUUGACAACAUCGACCUACCAAUGCAAGGUACAAAGGAAAAUUAUAUAGAAAAAUUUAAAGGGGGUUCCAGGAUCUGGACUGUGCUGUGGUAUUGACAUGGAAUCCGUAGACAGGGCACAUAGAAUUGAGCCAGUUUGCGCCGGGGAAGAUAGAUUAGCAGCCAAGGAACACGGAGCAUAAUACUUAUUGUUGGGGCUAAAACAUUUUUUUUGGGGGGGGGGGCUUAACAUGCUAAAAACCAAGAUCAAUGCAAUUUUUGUAUAGUUUUGACUACAUUUCGUAAAUUAUCGGGGGGCCAAAGCCCCCAGCAAACUGAAUGCGUCUAGGAAAUUGCUUUAUAGUCUGAUGUGGCUUUCUUAUUUGCCAUUUGCUGACUGUAUCAGGUAUUGUUUACCAGACUAAGUGAACAAUCUUACAAGUUGUUUACAUCUUCAUUAAAGUUGGGUGUGUCUAAUGAAUGCAGUUUUUCAAAUGUAAUAAAUAGAUAGACAUUGCCUUGAGUUAGUUCUUCCACCAACCUUGUCAUCUUCAGUAUAAUCUAUCAGCUAGUACACAUGUAAGCAUCACUGUAUGAAGAGCAUUCUCACUGUAUGCCCACAAAGAUGUGUCUUAUGAACGUUUGCAUUUAACUUCGAACUUCAAUUCUUUCAACUCGGCCAAUUUCUAGAUAUAUGUUAAAAACUCUGAAAGGUUAAUUUUCAGAUGUUUUUGGGAUGUUUUCAGAAAUUUGGUCAAGCAACUUGUAUGGUGAUCCAGAAACCCUGGUGUAAUUGGUGUUUCCUUUGUAAAAACUGAUUCAAAAUGCUUAUUCAAUAGAUCAGCUUUAUCUUUACAGUUGCUAAUCAGUUCACCCCCUUUUUCAAUGUUCCUACAUUCACAUAAUCUCUCCUCACUCUCUUUAUAAAGCCCCAAAAACGCUUCAUUCCACUUUGGGGGUCAUCUGCUUGAAGAGAGGUGAUAAGGUCCUCAACGUACUUCCAAUAAGCUUAUCGACGCAUAUUCUGUAUAAUAGAUUCUAGCUCUUUAUAUUUUGUAUCUAGGUGUUUAAUACGUGGUAUUGAAUUUUUGAAGUUCCUCAUAGCUGUUUUCCUUUUUCUGAACAGUCUGUCUCUUUUUUUGAUUAACUUCCUUAUUUCUGAUGUAAUAUAUGGUAAGCUAUCUUUGCUCUUAGCAAGUUUAGAUGGAAUAUAUUUAUCAACUAGAGACUGCAUGGAUAUUUUGAAUUCAUUCCACAACUCAUUUAUGGUGCUUGAAUGAUAUCUCUCUUCUAUAACUUCCUCAGGUCUCCUAUUUUAGACUCCAAAACACUCCAGUUAGUUCUACUGUACAAUGAAAUCUUCCUAGGCUUUUGUUUUCUCCUGAUUGGUCUUACAUCCACUUCAAUCCUUGGUAUACAGCAGGGUUGUCCAACCUUAUUUCCAGAAGGGCCACUUUCAGAAUAACGUGGUAACUGGGGGGCCACUUAUAUGUUUACCGCUGCAUUGCCGUUUGGUCCCGUUCCGUUUCAUAUCGUCCCAUUCCAAAAAAUGAGUCGCAUAGGAGUUGCGCGCACGUGGGAACACUUUAAAUCGUGCCGUUAAGUGAUACAAAAAGAUUAACAGUGUGGAAUCGUUCCGUUCCCGUGUGAACAGGUAAAAUGAUCCGAAAAAACAGAAUAAUUACUGAUCUGGCUAAAUGCUUGCAUUGUUCGUAUAGGAAUACUCGUAUGCGCAUUGGUAAACUCUUGAAAUUCUAGCACAAAAAGUAGAACGGAUAGAUUGUCUUCCCGCGUGAAGAGAAGAAACAAUUGGUACGUGAUCGUUUCGUGCCUGUUUGAACAGUUCAUUUCCCGUUUGUUCAAUCAUUUUGAACGGCAUUGUAACAGUAUGCAAUACUUUCCGUACAAACCAGGACUUAAUCUGCUUCUACCAUCAAUUUUAACAAUUUUUGUUUGCGUUUGUAUGUGCUACCAAAAAGAAAAGUAGACCACGGCAUGCUGACCUUUGUGGCGCAAUCCGAACUGAAAAACCUGAUUUCCUUAGAGAUUGUUGACGAGAAACUCCUAAUUCAUGAACAUGUAACUGGCCUUCCAGCUUAUAAUAACAUGAAUUUUUAGUGUUAUUAUGCCAAGCAAUAUUGUAUUCCUUCCGCACUGCAAUUUUUUCAAACAAAUUAAGCACAUAACAAAAUCAUUUUGCUGAGAUACGGAAAAAUCGGUUGUCCACGAUAAUUUUAAAUUGCGUUUCCCAAGUUCACAUUUCUCCCUCUUCACGGCUUUUUUUCACGGCUUUUUAGAAACAUGGCUUGUACCAAUCUUGAACUUUUCAAACAAGCGCGGCGUGUUCAUGGUUUGGGCACAGAAUAGGGGGUUUGGUUCAUUGCGUUGAACUUGAAGUCGCCAAGUGUAUGCGCGCGAAAGUGGGUUGCGCUUUUAUUUGAUCUCGUGAAUAAUAUGAAUUAACUUCUCUCUUACAACCUGAAAAAAUACAAUGCAGUUCUUUAUCAACUUUGACCCAAGCGCGGGCCACAUUAGACAACAUGACGGGCCACAAUGUGGACCGCGGGCCACGCCUUGGACAACCCUGGUAUACAGUGAUCAGAAGUUCCUGGUCUUCCCCAAAUGCCUUCAUCAACCACUUGCACUACAUUGUUGUCAUCUAAAAUUUCACCAGAAUUUUCAUGCUGGGAUCUGUAUCUAUAACCCUGUUUGAUAAUUUUAUUUUUCCAGUCCUAUCCAGGAAAAUUGCAGUCACCAGCUAUCAAUACAUGCUUUUGUCUUAAUUUGACCAGUAAACCUUCAAGCUGUUCGAAGCUCUCUUCAUCUCCCUCGUGAGGUCUAUAGUAGACACAUAUGUGCAUUGUUUUUGUUCCAUAUACAUCCAAUCUACACCAUAGAAUUUCACAGUUGGUUUCAAGUUCUUCUUCCCUUUCAAUAAUCAGAUAUUUCUUUGCCAUUAUAAAAACACCACCAUGGUUAUCAUCUUCUUUUUCCCUUUCUCUUCUAAUGACUUUGAAAUGAUCAACUGGAAAUACAGUUGCAUCACUGUCCUUAUUACUAAGCCAGGAAUCUUUUGUUCCAAUGACUACAUCAGGAUUCACUCCAUUGACCAUUGCAUUUAAGGAUUCUCUUUUAGCAUUUAGGCUCUGACAAUUGACAUUAAUGACUGUAAUGCUGGUUUUCAAUUGUCUUCUGGUCUUGUCACUUUUCAUUGGAGUUUAAGCAUAGACAGGAGAGCCCAAGGAUUCAUAUGUGUUUAUACAAGACAAAAUGCUAUAUUUGUUCUCAGUGCAAAUUGUUGAUUUGAAAAAUAAAUCAGUGCUAACACUCAUCAGUCCACAAUAACAACAUAACCAUGAUGCAGUUAGUCCUGCAAGCCGAUCAUACUCCCUGGUACUGAUAUUGACACAAGCCCUGUGAAUCCAGUAAUCACACGCAUCAGUUUGUAGUGCAUCAUCAGACCAAUCAACAUUCCUUUGACAUACAAGGCAUGAGAAGGAUGUGUUCUUGCUGCAAUCGUUGUCUUCAACUCUUACUCCAGGGCAGGGACCAGGAUUUAUGCAGACGUCGCCACUCAAGAUCAAAACCAAGUUCAAAUUUACUUUAGCAGGAGCAUCCUUCUGGUAGUAUAUGUACUUGAAAUGCUUGUAUAUUUGACUAGCAGGUGUUGUUGCAGUCCAAAGAAGAGGCUCACAGUCUAACCCUUCUUGAUGUCUUGAGUAGCAAACACUAGGAUCACUUUUUACACUUAUAGAAUAGCGGCAAAGAAGCAAGCAGAAACUGGAGCUAUAAAAUUUAUGACCGCCGUCUUGCUAGCCUUGUUUUCAAACUGAUUUUUUUGUGCCUUGGAAGACUUUUUAAUGCAUUUUGCCACAUUUUAUCUGGUUUUCCCAUUUAAACUUGCUUGCUAUCUAUCAUCAGAUCGUGAUACUUAGUUUAAUGAACAAAAACAAUGAUAUUCUGAUCCGAAGACCAUAAGUUAUCUAUACCCUACUCAGCUUCUGGAGCUUUUUGAUGACCAUAUGAUUAUGGCUUGGGUCUCAAUGAUAUUGAAGGAAAUCUUGUUACCUUGGAGCAAUUCCUCGACAUUCAUUGGUAACAGAGUGCAAUUUACUCAGAUCAUUGAUGCAGUUGCAUCAUCGGCGUACAGUUGAUAGUCAUUAAUUGAUAGAAUAAUAGAAAGCUAAGAUAUGAUCCUUGCAAUACCCCCAAUAUUCAUCUCACCUUUUGAUUGAUGUCAUGAUUAAUGAAUUUGAUGGUCGACAAUAUCGAGGACUUUAAGAUGUGAACUUUAGCAGCAUAUUUUCCCUUGUCAAUAUGUUCCCUUUCGAAUAAGGGCAAGGUCAAAAAAUUAAUCGAAGAUUUACGGAGAGGGAUUUGGGACAUCUUGUUGCUCUUGUGCGAAAAAAACAAGCUGACAGUUGCUAGCAAGGCGCUUACGUCAUCGUUUUUCUCAUUUGAUUUCAACCUGGGAGUGAGGAAGGUUAGGCAGCGGGCAGGAAGACCUCUGCUAACAGAGACAGGCAGCGAAUCUUAUCAAAUUUUUGCAGUAAACUUCAAACUGGAAUAAAGUUAUUUUAAAUUCAACUGAAGCUUAAU